ACCUUUGGAUGAAAAAUGAUUCGGUGCAUGGUCAUGCCUGUUCUAAUACUAAAAUCUUUAUUCCUUGCUUAAUAAUCAAAUUAGAGUAUUUGGCAAAAUGUAUAGCCUUAUGGGAUAUUCCUUUCUUGCAUCCAUCGGUGUUGUUGAUAUCUCCAAGAUUGCCCUACUUUUAUCAACACCGUUGCACUCUUGAAAAUAUCUCAAACCUUAUUUGAUUCGAAUUAAGUUAGAUUCAACAACUUAGAUAUAGUUUGAGGAUACUUUUGUUUUGGAAUUUUAAUUAGAACUUGAGUUGAUUAAAAGUAACCUCUUUUUCUUUUGGAAUUUUAGUUCUGCUCAAAGCAAAACCACUUACCAUUAGCCCACGGUUUAAUCCUAACUCACACUCUCUCACACGAUCAAUCACGGACAAGUAAGCACCGUUUUCUAUAAAUAACAAAAAUUCUCUAACCUUCUUUCUCUCAGUAAGACGACGACAAAGCUCGCUUAGAUUUCUCAGAUCUUUAAGAGUUGAUAUUAUUGUAAGAUGGGUGCCAAGAGAAGUGUCAGUGAUCUUAAAGAGGCCGAUUUGAAGGGAAAGAGAGUGUUCGUAAGAGUGGAUCUGAACGUGCCUUUGGAUGAUAACCUGAAGAUCACUGAUGACACCAGGGUUCGUGCUGCUGUUCCCACCAUCAAGUACUUGAUGCAACAUGGCGCCAAAGUUAUUCUCUCCAGUCAUUUGGGAAGGCCUAAGGGUGUCACUCCCAAGUACAGUUUGAAGCCUCUUGUGCCAAGGCUCUCUGAACUUCUUGAAUUUGAGGUUAAAAUAGCAGAUGAUUGCAUUGGUGAAGAAGUUCAGAAAUUGGUGGCUGAAAUCCCUGAUGGAGGUGUCCUACUCCUCGAGAAUGUGAGGUUCUAUAAAGAAGAAGAGAAGAAUGACCCCGAAUUUGCUAAGAAGCUAGCUUCGCUUGCGGAUCUUUAUGUGAAUGACGCAUUUGGCACUGCUCAUAGAGCCCAUGCCUCCACUGAGGGAGUUGCUAAAUACUUGAAGCCAUCUGUUGCUGGUUUCCUUAUGCAGAAGGAACUUGACUACCUUGUUGGAGCUGUUUCAAAUCCCAAGAAACCAUUUGCUGCAAUUGUUGGUGGCUCAAAGGUGUCAUCAAAGAUUGGGGUUAUUGAGUCCCUCUUGGAGAAGGUUGACAUUCUAUUACUUGGUGGAGGUAUGAUCUAUACUUUCUACAAGGCCCAAGGACACUCUGUUGGUUCAUCCCUUGUGGAGGAAGACAAGCUUGAACUUGCAACAUCACUUAUGGAGAAGGCUAAGGCUAAAGGAGUGUCACUCUUGCUCCCAACUGAUGUUGUUGUUGCGGACAAGUUUGCUGCUGAUGCGAACAGCAAGGUAGUCCCAGCAACUGGAAUUCCUGAUGGAUGGAUGGGCCUAGAUAUCGGGCCUGAUGCCAUCAAGACAUUCAGUGAAGCUUUGGACACUACCAAAACUGUUAUUUGGAAUGGACCAAUGGGUGUGUUUGAAUUUGACAAGUUUGCCGUGGGAACUGAGGCAAUAGCCAAGAAGCUUGCAGAGCUCAGCGGCAAGGGGGUGACCACAAUCAUUGGAGGAGGUGACUCAGUAGCAGCUGUGGAGAAGGUUGGGCUUGCUGACAAGAUGAGCCACAUUUCAACAGGUGGUGGUGCAAGCUUGGAGCUUCUUGAGGGGAAGACACUCCCAGGAGUCCUUGCUCUUGAUGAUGCUUGAGCCUGAUGAUUUCUGAACCCCACCUCUUUUUUUCUCUGUUCAAUCUCACUGAUGCAAUGUGGCUGAAUUUCAGCUGCAGUGGAUUUUAGUUAUAAAACAUAGCUGAUUUUGUAGAGGCUGUUGCAGUAACAUGGACUAAAUAAAUUUUUAUCUCAUAGGCAUCAUUAGUGAUGCAUUGCUUUGGAUUGGGAUCCUUUUGGGAACACUUUUGAUGAUGAUCCAGCUAUGAGAGUUUGCUUUUUGACCCA